AUGUUCCGGCGCAACAAUGCCCAUCCGGUUAUACGGCAGUUCAUCCUGCGCACCGCAGUGCUCAAUUAUCUGGGAAAGGAUCUGCGGCAGCAGUAUGAUGAAUUCUGCCAUUUAAAGGCAAAUCUCUCCAAGAGCAGCCCGAAGAAUGGUGAGGAUCAGGAGGACGAGGUACAGCAGGUUCUUUCCCAGCUACUUGAGGUGCAGCAAUUGAAGACGGCCACUUCGCAUCGUCUGCUGAAGCGGGAGUACAACGAGCUUUUCACCUACAUGAUGGACAAGAGCGAGCUGUGGGACAGUCCGGAGUACUUCAAAGCGAAGGCGGCCCUGGGAGCGGCCAACCACAAGCUGCGGGCAUGUGAACCCAUCAAACCCAUGGACUAA